CACAACAACCCUCUUAUUUUUCACCAUGGAAUUAGGUCAUGGGCAAUGGUUCAGCUAGCUGUUUCUGAUGCUGCGUGGAAGAUGUUCGAUAAAAAGGCCCAAUGAGGCCUAACUAAAUUACGGAAUACUCCACUUAGUGGCGCCACCACCAUGGUCGAUCGAUCACUAUCUCGAUGACGACCGGAGAAUGACUAUAAAGAGACCGCCGCACGGCGUGUGUCUUCCACACUGCUUCCCUGCUACUGCCUCCCCUGUCUCCACGCGGCAAAAUUAAUCCAUGGCCAGCGUUGAUGGAAGCGGCAUUAAGCUUUCUUUUGAAAGUCUCGAGGAGGGGGCGGUCGUCGCUCCAGCCGGCGCCGUCGUCGAGGUCCGGGACGACUGCUCCCGGCGCGCACAGUGGCUGCGCGCGGCGGUGCUCGGCGCCAACGACGGGCUCGUCUCCACCGCGUCGCUCAUGAUGGGCGUCGGCGCCGUGAAGGACGACGCGAAGGCGAUGGUCCUCUCGGGCUUCGCGGGGCUCGUGGCCGGCGCGUGCAGCAUGGCCAUCGGCGAGUUCGUGUCGGUGUACUCGCAGGUGGACAUUGAGGUGGCGGCGCAGCGGAGGAGGGAGAAGCGGAGGGAGGCGAGCGAGGAGGGGAAGAUGGAAGAGGAGGGGCCGGAGCAGCUUCCGAGCCCGCUGCAGGCGGCGGCUGCGUCGGCGAUGGCGUUCGCGGUGGGGGCGCUGGUGCCGCUGCUGGCGGCGGGGUUUAUAGGGAGUUACAGGGUGAGGCUGGGCGUGGUGGCGGCGGCGGCGAGCGCGGCUCUGGUGGCGUUCGGGUGCGUGGGUGCUUUGCUGGGGAAGGCGCCGGUGGCGAGGUCGUGCGCUAGAGUGGUGGCGGGCGGGUGGGCGGCCAUGGCGGUUACGUUUGGGCUCAUGAGGCUCGUGGGCGCUAAAGCGCUUUGAGCGUUACAAUCACUAAUCAUCGUUAUUAUGAAGUA